GUUCUUCUUCUUACAGAAAAAGCAAAAAUCUGUUUCUCCAAGCGAAACUGCCGAUCUAUAGUUUUGAAACCCUACUUCCCAAAAUACAGCAUUACAGAUGGAAUGAGAUGGGUAACAGAUAAAUUGCAGCCUUUAACCAAUCAUCAAGAGAUGAAGCCUCCUUGGAAAAUUCUGUUUUUUUCUGACAUAAACGUGUAAAAGCCUUGAUUGGGAAUUAUGGAUGUUGCUGAGGUCGAAGAGAGUCUUUUUGCUGCCAGCGAUGCCAAGUUACAUGCAGGGAUGUGUAGUACACUCUCUGCAAUUCUUUGCAAAAUAUUGGACAUUUUUCCAGUCUUAGAGGCAGCAAGGCCCAGAAGCAAGUCAGGUAUCCAGGCCUUAUGUUCGUUACAUGUUGCACUUGAGAAGGCCAAGAAUCUUCUUCAGCAUUGUUCAGAUUGCAGUAAACUUUACCUGGCUAUAACAGGGGACUCUGUUCGCUUAAAAUUUGAGAAGGCAAGGGUUGCUCUUGCAGAGAGUCUUAGGCGUGUUGAAGACAUUGUCCCUGAAGCAAUUGGUUCCCAGAUUUCAGAGAUUGUCACUGAACUUAAAGGGACUGUUUUCUCCGUUGAUUUAUUAGAGAAGCAAGUUGGUGAUGAAGUGAUUACGUUGCUUCAGCAGGAGAGAAAAUUUAACAGCAAUUGUAAUGACAAUAAUGAACUAGAAAUUUUCCACCAGGCUGCAUUGAAGCUUGGCAUCACUUCUUCAAGGGCAGCGCUCACAGAGAGAAGAGCUCUCAAGAAGCUGAUUGAAAGAGCGCGGCUCGAGGAAGACAAGCGGAAGGAAUCGAUCGUGGCUUGCCUUUUACAUCUUAUGAGAAAAUACUCCAAGGUAUUCAGAAAUGAGUUCUCAGAUGACAAUGAUUCUCAGGGAUCAGCGCCAUGUUCCCCAACUGUUCUGGGCUUCUUAGAAGAUGGAAGUGGUGGCCAGGCCUUUGAUCGACAGUUCUCAAAACUAUGUUCAAAACUAUGUUCCUUUAGUUUUAAGUCAAAUGGUCGGAGAUCAGGGCAAAUGGCAGUACCACCUGAGGAGUUGAGGUGUCCGAUAUCGUUGCAACUCAUGUAUGACCCAGUCAUAAUAUCAUCUGGCCAGACUUAUGAGCGGAUCUGCAUUGAGAAAUGGUUUAGUGAUGGGCACAGAACUUGCCCGAAGACUCAACAGCAGCUUUCCCAUCAGUCUUUAACUCCAAAUUAUUGUGUUAAGGGUCUUGUUUCUAGUUGGUGUGAACAUAAUGGGGUACCUGUUCCUGAUGGCCCCCCAGAAUCUCUUGAUCUAAACUACUGGAGGCUGGCAUUGUCUGAAUCAGAGUCUACGGAUUCAAGAUCCAUGGAGAGUGUUAGCUCCUGCAAGUUGAAAGGUGUUAAGGUAGUACCUAUGGAGGAGAGUGGAGUUGCUGUGGAACUUGAAAGAAAUGAAGUGGAUGAUGUAUCUUGCCCAGAGGAAGUUGAUGACCUAGACAUGGCUCGAGGAUAUGAUAGCUUACUAGCCAUCUUAGACGGACAUGAGGAUGCAGAAAAACAAUGCAAGGUAGUGGAACAGAUACGACUACUGUUGAAGGAUGAUGAAGAAGCCAGGAUUUGUAUGGGAGCCAAUGGCUUUCUUGAGGCUCUGGUAAGGUUUCUAGAGGCAGCUGUCCGUGAGGGUAAUCAAAAGGCACAAGGGAUUGGAGCUAUGGCCCUCUUCAACCUAGCUGUUAACAAUGACAGGAACAAGAAAAUGAUGUUAUCUGCUGGUGUAAUUCCUUUGCUGGAAGAAAUGAUCCUCAAGUCAAAUUCAUACAAGUCUGCAACAGCUCUCUACCUGAACCUCUCGUGCCUUGAGGAAGCGAAGCCAGUCAUUGGUUCAAGCCAGGCAAUUCCGUUCUUGGUCCGUCUCCUUCAAAAUGAAUCUGAACCCCAGUGCAAGCUUGAUGCUCUCCAUUGCCUCUACAAUCUCUCCAUUUACCCCUCAAACAUUCCCAUCCUCCUCUCAGCUGGCAUCAUUGAAGGGCUUCAUGCUCUCCUUGUGGACCCUGUUGAUCACACUUGGACCGAAAAAUCGAUUGCAGUACUUAUAAAUUUGGCAUCGAAUAAUUCAGGAAAGAAAGAGAUUGCAUCAAUUCGAGGCCUCAUUAGUGCGCUUUCUGCCAUAUUGGAUAGUGGCGAGGCCAUUGAACAGGAGCAAGCUGUAUCGUGUCUUUUGAUCUUGUGUAAUGGCAAUGACAACUGCAGUGAAUUGGUCCUAGAAGAAGGUGUGAUACCUGCAUUGGUUUCAAUCUCAGUGAAUGGAACAGCAAGAGGGAAAGAGAGGGCGCAGAAGCUUUUGAUGCUCUUCAGGGAGCAGCGUCAGCGGGAUCCAUUACCUGUUGUUCAGACACAAAAGGAGCCAAAGGGAAUUGUUUUUGAAGAUCUCCUUCCGUCUCCAGAACCAAAGCCGCUAUGUAAAUCCGGAUCAAGAAGGGCGAUGAGUAGGGCUUGGGCUUCUUUAUGGAAGACCAAGAACUAUUCGUCGUCGUCGGUGUCCCAGUCUUAGAGCUUUUGGUUCUAGCCAGCCAUGUAUAUUUCUGUUGUACCUUCUUUUUCUGCCUUUUAGUCCUCCUUUUUCCUUCCUUCC